AUGGACACCCUGCUCAGAAAGUUUUUCAACAUCACUCCUGAUCCUCAGGUCAACAUGUCUCACCGCCAGUGGGGGGUGCCAUACUUGAAGAGAUUAGCACAUCUGGACGACGAUCUCUAUGAGGACUUCUACGGACUGUGGAUCACCCUCAUGGUAGUCAACAGCAUCAUGUUCUUGGUGGGGCUCAUGCUAAACAGCUUAGCUCUUUAUGUUUUCUGUGUGGGGACAAGGUCUCGCACUGCACCUCUCAUCUACACCAUUAACUUAGCCAUAGCGGACCUCCUGGUGGCGCUGUCUCUGCCAGCAAGGAUUGCUCUGUAUUACAGUGGAGGUGGCUGUGUGGCCUGUUCAUACGUGCAUACCUUUAGCUAUUUUGUUAACAUGUACUGCAGUAUCUUGUUCCUCACCAGCAUCUGCGUGGACCGUUACAUGGCAGUGGUUUGGGCUGCAGGGACAGCAGACCGCUGCAGAAGCCCUGCUGUGGCUAAAGGCGUAAGCGCAGGGGUGUGGCUCUUUGCUGUCGUGGUCACCUACUCAUUCCAGACCACAGCUUUGGAAUUUGCUGGAUCGUCUUGCUGCCAUCUGCCUGUGCUGUUCGCUGUCACUCUGCUGGAGUUUGUGAUCCCCCUACUGGUCAUCAUGACCUUUACCGCACGAGUUGCUUGUGCUCUUGCCAACGACCGGCUCAUGGCACAGAGCCGGGGUCGAAGGGCGAGAGCUGUGCGUCUGUUACUUGCUGUUCUUAUCGUUUUUGUCGUCUGCUUCACGCCUUUCCACGUGCGCGAGGCCCUUGAGUAUUUCCAUUUAGGAGGUGGCCGAGAACAGCACGUGGUUGCCUAUCACACCACUGUGACCCUCAGUAGCCUCAACAGCUGCCUAGACCCCGUGGUCUACUGCUUUGUACCUGAUAACUUCCGCUCCGCUCUGCGCCGCGCUUAUAGGAGGAGGGAGCCUCAGCAUUCCAGUGCAGUGGAGGUGACCAGCCCUCGCCGAAGCUCCAAAGGGUCCAGCACCGCCAUGGCAGUCAUGUACAGCGUAGCCACUCUUACACUCAGCCCCUGCACCCUGCCUCCUGCAGAGCUGCCUGCGUGA